UGUUCUCCAAGUACAAUAAUAAUCAACUCUAAGUCUACCCAAGUCUUUAUUUACUCAAACAUGGCUUCAAAUCAAUUUGUUUCCAUUUUAGUUCUAGUCGUUACGCUUUUACUGCAACGUGAUAACAAUAACGUCGUCAAAGCACAACUCACCACAAACUUCUACUCAACCUCUUGCCCUAAUCUACUCUCCACCGUUAAAUCAGGCGUUAAAUCUGCCGUUAGCAGCCAGCCUCGAAUGGGUGCAUCUAUCCUCCGUCUCUUCUUCCACGAUUGCUUCGUCAACGGAUGCGACGGUUCUAUUCUACUAGACGACACAUCAAGCUUUACGGGAGAACAAAACGCGGGCCCUAACCGCAACUCUGCUCGUGGGUUUACUGUGAUCGACACCAUUAAAUCCGCGGUGGAAAAGGCAUGUCCCGGGGUUGUGUCUUGUGCUGAUAUCUUAGCCAUUGCAGCCAGAGACUCCGUUGUACAACUUGGAGGGCCGAAUUGGAAUGUGAAAGUAGGAAGAAGAGAUGCAAAAACGGCGAGUCAAGCCGCGGCGAAUAGUAACAUUCCAGCACCGAGUAUGAGUCUGAGCCAGCUUAUUAGUAGUUUCAGCGCCGUUGGACUCUCCACCAGGGAUAUGGUUGCUCUCUCCGGUGCACACACGAUUGGUCAAUCCCGUUGCGUGAACUUCCGAGCAAGAGUCUACAACGAGACAAACAUCAACGCAGCCUUCGCCACCCUACGGCAGAGAUCUUGCCCUAGAGCCGCCGGUUCCGGAGACGCAAACCUAGCUCCACUCGACAUCAACUCAGCGACUUCUUUCGACAACAGCUACUUCAAGAACCUAAUGGCUCAGAGAGGUCUACUCCAUUCAGACCAAGUGCUCUUCAACGGGGGCUCCACCGACUCCAUAGUCCGUGGCUACAGCAACAGUCCGUCGAGCUUUAACUCCGACUUCGCGGCAGCGAUGAUCAAGAUGGGUGAUAUUAGCCCCUUGACUGGUAGUAGCGGUGAGAUCAGGAAAGUUUGUGGGAAAACAAACUGAUCACUCUCUCUCCACGUGUUAUUUUAUGAUUGGUUUGUGAUAGAAUAAGACUUUAAUCUUCCCAUUAAAAAUUUGAAGAUACGUUUAAAUGUGUGUUAUUUAGUGUUUAAGUAUGUGUUACGUCCAAAAAAGAGUAUGUAAUACGUCCACAUUAAUAUCUAAUGAAAUCCGCUUAAGAAAUAUUUACGAUAUUUAUUACCA